UUGAUUAGACGGAGGAUUGAAAAUUCGGAGAAAUAGUCAGACGGGGGUUAGUUUUUUAUUCAGCAAAAUGCGCUGUCCUCGUUUAUUAUGCAUUUUGUUGGGGGUGAUUGAGCUUCUUCAAAUUGCGCACUGCCUUGAACCGUUAUCGAUGAGUAUGUUAAUAAUAGGAGGAGUCACCGCCGGAAUCGGUCUCGUUUCUAGAAGUUGCCUGUUUUCAGAAUGUUGCAGCGAUGGAUAUAUCAAAUUAAACAGCACAGGUUUGAAAAGAGAUUUGAACAGUCGAUUGCACGGUCAACAUCUGGUUAUUCCUACUGUACUGAACUCAAUAUCUGGACAUGUAAAUAAUCAAAACCCUUCAAAGCCACUUGUUCUUUCGUUUCAUGGUUGGACAGGGGGAGGAAAGAACUAUGUGUCUAAAUUUAUAGUGGGAAAUCUUUUUUUCAAGAAAGAAAAAAGUAAUUUUGUUCAUCUUUUCAAUUCUGAAAUUCAUUUCAAAAAUAAAGAUAGAGUUGAAGAAUACAAGGAUAAACUCCAUGGAUGGAUAUAUCACAAUGUAUCGAACUGUGCCCGUUCGAUAUUUAUAUUUGAUGAAAUGGAUCAUAUGCCAGAAGGAAUGAUUGAUGUGUUGGUGCCUUUUCUGGGACAUAGCACCCAUAUAGAUGGGGUGGAUUUUAGGAAAACAAUUUUCAUAUUUUUGAGUAACACAGGGGGAGACAAAAUAACAGAAGUAGUUUACAAACAUUGGCAAAAUGGGAAGAAAAGAGAAGAUAUAAGGUUGCGCGACAUGCAGGAACCAUUAGAACUUGUUGCUUAUAACGCACAGAGUGGCUUGAAGCGAAGCAAGUUGGUUCACAAAAACUUAGUUGAUCAUUUCGUACCUUUUCUGCCAUUGGAAAGAUCGCAUGUACGAAAUUGCGUAAUCGACGAAAUCAAGAGACAAAAUUUGAGGAUGGACGAAAAAUUUAUAAAUGAAGUAUUGAAAGAGUUGUCAUGGUUUCCAAAGGGAGUUAAUUUAUACUCGAAAUCUGGUUGCAAAAAAGUUGCUCAAAAAGUCUCCAUCAUAAAAGAAGGGUGAUAUCUUUGAAGAUUCUAAUAUAUGAUCAAGUAAAGUUCUCCAAUCAAGUUCCUUCAACCUUACCCUGAUGGUAUUGAACAAUCCUAUGCAAUAGUAUAACUCCAAAUGAAUAGAAAACUUAUUCAUACUUUAUUGUGGAUUGGACUCUUCAGCAAUGCUUUCCAAAUUCUCGUUCAAUUUAGCAUAAUUUUGGUGCCUUUUAGUGGAUUUGCAAUAUUUCAAGUGAAGUGCAACAUAGAAUAUUAGAACAAUUUUUUAUGUAAAAAGAGUUCGAAGUUGUUUAAAACUUCGAUGAGACUGGCUAUUUAUGAUAAUGAUGGCUGAGAUAUUUUAUCUCGUGCAAUUAAUGACUUUGAAAUUUAUGAUAUUUGUAUUCUAUCUAAUCUAUUUUUCUUGUUGACAUCAACUUCUCUGUAGUGCUUGAAUUGUAAAGAGGCAUAUUUCGUUUAUCUACUUCGCAUGGUAUCUCUGAAGCGGUGGAAAUGCACAAUGUUCGAAUUGAUAGCCUAGGCUUAUAUAAGCAUGCUUCAUAUUUACCCACUGUAGUUGCAUUGCUAUAUUGAGAAUGAUUGAACUGAGAACAUUACUUACUGCGCUUUGUAUUAAAUAUUUGUUUACUGGUCUAC